UGGAAGACAGCGAGUGCCUUCUCUACUCGGCACACCAUGCGAUUGCAGGGAAGGAGUUAAGAUGCUGUUGGUUGUGGUGGUGAGGAAGAAGAGAGAAGGCAGCGUCUGUCAGAAGGUGGAUGAGAUGUUUGAAGGACUUUGGAAUCCUGCUAUCUGUGACAUGGUUAUAGCAUGGAGAGGGACAGUCUGUAUCUUAUCUCUAUGAGGAGGUAGCACAAAGAGGGCUGUCUUUCUUCUUUUAUAUUUCUAUAAAGACCUUGCACCGUGACUCUUGCUCUCACCACAGGAGGAAAGGGACGAAGGUGAAUCUGGGGAGCACCUGGUGGCCAGAGCGCUGAGAUGGUCUGGACUCUCCUCCUAGGGCUGCUCCUUGUGGGUAGCACUCUAGCCCUGGACAGCAGCUACCUGCCGGGUAGCUAUGGAACAACCGAAGCGGAGGCACAGCGAUUUGUCGGCGACUUCAACAGCACAGCGGAGCUGAUCUUUUUCAAGAGCGUGGAAGCCAGCUGGACCUACAACACCAACCUAACGGAAUACAACUCUCAGCUCCAGGUUGAGGCCUCCCUAGAAGAGCAGGAGUUCAAUGAGAUAUGGGGGGAAAAAGCCAAGGAACUUUUCACUACUUCAUAUCAAAACUUCACUGAUACACAGCUCAAGAAAAUCAUUGAUUCUAUCUGGACCUUGGGUGCUUCUAAUCUGAACAUUACAGAUCGUACAGAGUAUAAUAUUAUUCUCAGCGACAUGGACAGAAUCUAUUCAACAGCCAAAGUGUGCCCUCCCGGCCAAACUACGGACUGCUGGUCUCUGGAACCAGAGCUUACUGAGAUCAUGGCAACUUCACGCAGCUACAAGAAGUUACUGUAUGCCUGGGAAGGCUGGCAUAACUCUGCUGGAAAACCACUACGGAGCAAAUAUGAACAAUUUGUAAGGCUCAGUAACAAGGCUUACAGCUUGGAUGGAUUCACAGACACCGGAGCAUACUGGCGCUCUUGGUACACCUCAUCCACUUUUGAGAAUGACCUGGAGGAGCUUUAUCAUCAACUGGAGCCCCUGUAUCUCAAUCUCCAUGCCUUUGUCCGCAGAAAACUCUAUGAAAGAUAUGGAGAAAAAUACAUAAACCUCCAAGGCCCAAUUCCUGCACACCUAUUAGGUAACAUGUGGUCGCAAACGUGGAAUAAUAUCUAUGAUAUGAUGAUUCCCUUCCCUGACAAGACUAAUGUGGAUGUAACCAGCACUAUGAGGGAAAAGGGUUGGAACGCCACCUACAUGUUUCAGGUCUCAGAAGAAUUCUUCACCUCUCUGGGUCUGCUAGAGAUGCCACCAGAAUUCUGGCAGAAGUCUAUGCUGGAGAAGCCUGCAGAUGGUCGGGAGGUGGUGUGUCAUGCCUCUGCAUGGGACUUCUACAACAGAAAAGACUUCAGGAUCAAGCAGUGUACUACGGUUACCAUGGAGCAAUUGUUCACUGUCCACCAUGAGAUGGGACAUGUGGAGUAUUACCUGCAGUAUAAAGACCAGCCAGUCACAUUCCGCAGAGGUGCUAAUCCAGGUUUCCAUGAAGCUAUAGGGGAUGUGCUGUCUCUAUCUGUAUCCACUCCAGGACAUCUGAAAACUAUUGGCUUGCUCAGUGACGUCACAGAAGAUCCAGAGAGCGAUAUUAAUUACCUCCUUAAGAUGGCUUUGGAGAAAAUUGCCUUCUUGCCUUUUGGCUACUUGAUUGACCAGUGGAGGUGGAAUGUUUUCAAUGGACGGACUCCUGCCAGUCGAUACAACUACGACUGGUGGAAUCUCAGGACUAAGUAUCAAGGAAUAUGCCCUCCUUUGCCAAGAAAUGAUGUUGAAUUUGAUCCUGGUGCAAAAUUCCACAUUCCAGGCAACACCCCAUACAUCAGAUACUUUGUGAGCUUUGUACUGCAGUUCCAGUUCCACAAGACACUAUGCGCAGCAGCCAAACACACAGGCCCCCUACAUAGAUGUGACAUUUACCGAUCCAAAGAAGCUGGCACAAUCCUGGGUAAUGUCCUACGUUCAGGUUCUUCUAGGACUUGGCAGGAAGUUCUGAAAGACAUGGCUGGAACAGACAAAAUGGACGUUGGGCCACUGUUGGAAUAUUUUGAGCCAGUGACUAACUGGUUGAAAGAGCAGAACGCUAAAACAAAUGAAACUCUUGGUUGGACAGAUUUUUCCUGGAGACCACCUUUGCCUGAUGGAUAUCCUGGAGACAUUGAUAAAAAUGCUAAUGAGAGGCAGGCACAAGAUUUCUUAGGCGAGUACAACACUACAGCAGAGCAGGUGUGGAAUGAUUAUACUGAGGCGUCAUGGGCUUAUAACACCAACAUCACAGAACACAACAACCAAGUCAUGCUGGACAAAAACCUAGCAAUGUCCAGUCACACUCUACAGUAUGGAAGACAGGCCAGAAACUUUGACUACAGUGAUUUCCAGAGUCCAGAGGUAAAGCGACUAUUGAAGAAGCUCAGUGAUAUUGAUAAAGCAGCUCUGUCAGAAGCCGAGCAGAAAGAGUACAAUCAAAUUGUUUCUGAAAUGGAAACCAUCUACAGCAAGGCAACAGUAUGCAAAGAUGGCAAAUGCAUGCCUCUGGAUCCAGAUCUGACUGCACUUCUUGCCAAGUCGCGUGACUAUGAUGAACUGCUGUGGGCAUGGAAAGGUUGGCGAGAUUCUUCUGGCAAAAAAAUGCGCAACCUCUACAAGAGAUAUGUAGAGCUGGGUAACAAGGCAGCAGUACUUAAUGAUCAUGCAGAUAAUGGUGCAUACUGGAGGUCAUGGUAUGAGACACCAACUUUGGAAAGUGAUGUUGAGAGGCUUUAUCAUGAGCUGCAGCCUCUUUAUCUCAACCUGCACGCUUAUGUACGCCGGGCCCUCUACAAGAAAUAUGGAGACAAGAAAAUCAACCUUAAAGGACCCCUUCCUGCCCAUCUGCUUGGUAACAUGUGGGCCCAGUCAUGGUCCAAUAUAUUUGAUCUUGUUGUUCCAUAUCCUAAUGCAGCACAAGUGGAUGCCACACCAGCAAUGGUGGCUCAGAAAUGGACCGCAAAAAAGAUGUUUGAGGAAUCAGACAGAUUCUUUACCUCUCUAGGACUCCUUCCUAUGCCUCCAGAAUUCUGGGAAAAAUCCAUGAUUGAGAAACCUGCUGACAGAGAUGUGGUUUGCCAUGCAUCUGCUUGGGACUUCUACAACCGAAAAGAUUUCAGAAUCAAGCAAUGCACAGUAGUCACCAUGGAUGACCUUAUCACUGUCCACCAUGAAAUGGGUCAUGUUGAGUACUUCCUGCAGUACAAAGAUAAACCAGUUUCCUUCAGAGAAGGAGCCAACCCUGGCUUUCAUGAGGCUAUCGGAGAUGUAUUAGCCCUGUCUGUUUCUACUCCUAAGCAUCUCAACAGCAUUGGGCUUCUGGACAAAGUUGAGGACAAUAAAGAGAGUGACAUCAACUAUCUUAUGAGUAUUGCACUGGAUAAAAUAGCCUUCCUACCCUUUGGAUACCUGAUGGACCAAUGGCGUUGGAAAGUGUUUGAUGGAAGAACUCCAGAUUCAGAAUAUAACCAGCAGUGGUGGAAUCUAAGACUGAAAUAUCAGGGGUUGUGUCCUCCAGUCUUGAGGUCUGAAGAUGAUUUUGACCCUGGGGCAAAAUUCCACAUUCCUGCCAAUGUCCCAUACAUCAGGUAUUUCAUCAGCUUCGUCAUUCAGUUCCAGUUCCACGAGGCUUUGUGUAAUGCAGCCAAACAGACUGGGCCCCUCCACACCUGUGAUAUUUAUCAAUCCUUGGAGGCUGGAAAGUUGCUUGGAGAUGCCAUGAAGUUGGGUUACAGCAAGCCUUGGCCGGACGUGAUGGAAGUUAUUACUGGACAGAGAAAUAUGUCCGCUAAUGCCCUCCUUAAAUACUUUGAGCCUUUGACCAACUGGCUAAUUGAGCAAAAUCAAAACAAUAAAGAAACCCUUGGCUGGCCAGAAUACAACUGGAGUCCAGUUCUUAAUGAAGCCACAUCAGCCACACCAGCCACACCAACCACACCAUCAAAAGUCGACUUCUUAGGAAUGAAAUUGGACAACGGGCAAGCGGCAGCAGGAGCCUGGGUCCUCUUAGCUCUUGGAAUAGUUCUGGUCCUCACAACCAUUUUCUUAGGUGUCAAGUUCUCAAAAGUAAAACGUAAGACGAAGAAAUCCACCUCUGAACUGGAACUGAAAUAACCAAGCACCACCACCACCCAGCAAGGGGACCUUUGUAAUAGUACGAUUUCCAGUAUUCCAAGACUUGGACACUUUUAGUGUGCAAGUAACAUCACAAAUCUUGUUGACUAUGCAAAGAACUUCAUCCUUGGAAGAUCAAUCAACUAGCUUUUUCAAAGCCAAAUUUUAGGAUGAACUUUUACACAGGUGCUUAAGGGAAGGGAGGUUUGGGGCAAAUGGGGAAAGAUUCAAAUUGUUAUUAGAAUAAUUGUGUCAGAUCUUUUCUCCAGCAAUGGGAGCAAUAAAUAUUGUAAGAGGAAACUUUAA